CCCGUACGGGCAGGGGUACCUUUACCUUUACCUUUAAUAUAUAAAUUCAGCAGUCUAAAAAUCAACUGGGGCCAUGAUUUGAACUUUAAAAAGCACAGGUGAAAAAGCGCAGGCUUUGGUAUCCGAACGACAAAUGCUUUGUGUCUCUUCACAAUUCUCCCUUCUGUUCCCCUCCCACCUUUCUUAAAUCCCUCUUAGCGGCCUGCCAUCUCUCCCGAAAGCUUUUUCUCUGCUUCCUGGCCUCCUUGGUUCACCAGGGGAGCUCAGCAGGACUGCUCCGAAUACCUCAAGUACCUGCUCGAUCGGCUUCACGAAGAAGAGAGAACAGGAAGGCGGAUCUACCAGAAGCUCAAAGAGUCCACACUGAUAUCUCAGGCUGAGCAACAGCAGCCUGCAAACAAGACUUUAAUUGAAAAAAUGUUUGGGGGCAGAAUUAAGACAAAAAUCCGAUGUCUGAAGUGCCUGAAAGUCUCUUCCAGAGAAGAAGCCUUCACGGACCUCUCCUUGGCUUUCCCACCAGUUGAUAAUCAUGUGCCUAUAGCCAGUAGCAGUACCUCUCUUUUACCGGUAGAAGAAAUGGGCCCGCAGGCCGUUCAGUCGGGCGUAGAAGUGCCAGGCAGGACAUGCGAUUCGCCAAGGAGGUUCCCUAAGCCGGCUGCACCGGGAGAGAAUCAUCCCCAAAUAUUGCCCGUCGAAACUUUGGGGCCUGGAAGUCAAGAGACUCCUUUCCCCCCGAGGGCUGAGCAAGACGCUACCGGCGCGAAGCCCGAGGAAGACUUGGUGUUGGCUCUGAGGGAGCAAAUUCGUGGGCCCACGGCCUCCAGAUCCGUCCCUGACCUGAUAAAUUUUUUCUUAUCGCCCGAGAUGCUGACGGCGGAGAACCGCUAUCACUGUGACAACUGCGCUUCUCUUCAGGACGCAGAGAAGCUGGCCGAACUGACGGAGGGGCCUCACUACCUCAUCCUCACCCUGCUGAGGUUCUCCUUUGACCUGAGGGCCAUGAGGAGGAGGAAGAUCUUGGACAACGUCUCUGUUCCGCUGGUGUUGAAGCUUCCGGUCAUGACAUCUUCAGAGGACCCGAGCGGCGGAGCGAACCCGCCACGGAGCGCCUCAGCACGCAAGGCCUUCGCUUCGGUGGUGUACGACCUUUGCAGCGUGGUGGUGCAUUCUGGGGUCUCCUCUGAGAGUGGCCAUUACUAUUGCUACGCCCGGGAGUGUGAGGAUGUGGCGGCUGAAAGCAACCUGAAGGACGCCUCUCGGAGCGGCGCCCCAGAGAAACCUCCGGACGUUGCGAUCCAGUGGUACCUCUUCAACGACACCAGAGUCUCAUUCUCGUCUUUCGAGUCUGUCAGCAAUGUGACAUCCUUCCUGCCCAAGGAUACGGCUUACCUGCUGUUCUAUAGGCAGAGGACGAGCCAGUCGAGAGACGCGGGGCGUGGGGCCACUGGAGAGUCCGGCCGGGUGAAUGGAGACUUGCAUUCUCCGGACAAAAGCCUGAUGGAAGCCAUUGCGAAGGAUAACAUCCUAUACUUGCAAGAGCAAGAAAAGGAAGCUCGAAGCAGAAGUGCCUACAUCUCGGCCUUGCCCAAGUCCCCUCUGUGGUGGAAAGACUUUGAUGGGGACGAUGACGACAGUUCUUCGGGGGGUUGUGGGCACGACCCCGGUGGAGGGUCAAGCUCUUUUCACGGACUCGUCUUCUAGCCACUGUUGACCCGACACAAAAUGGCCGACACUGUCACCACCAAGCAAGGCUCCACUGUGCUCAACGAUCCUUUGGCCUUUUUAAUCUUCUUAGCAACAGGAGAGCUAGGCCCGCCGUGGCCGAGACAGAGCACCACAACCGUUUGAACGGCCUGGCCCUACCGCUCCAUGGAAUUCUGGGAAAUGUAGUUCUCUGAAGGAUGCUGAGGAGGGAAUUCUCCGCUCCCUCAUGGAACUACACUUCCUAGGACCGUCAGGAAGACGGAAUUCGAAGUGUCCUGAGGUGCCCCAUCUACACCUUCUCCCCUUGCGAAAAGGUGGGGAAAUCCUUUUGCGAACCCCCUCGAGAGGGGCGUCUUUUCAGGGAGGACAGUGCAGCAAACUGGACUCGUAGGCAUUUCUGCUGCCCUGUGAUACCUUUUCAAAGCAGAGCGGCAGCAGGUUCUGAACCCCUGUCCUGUUUCAAGUCCUUGUUGGCCAUAGAUAUUUUGAGUGGAACUGAAAGAGAAGUAGGAGCUUUGCGGGGGAUAGAACAAUAUGGCGGCUUAGAAUAAUUCAGGCCACAGGGCAACACGGUUGUUGAUCAGCACUGGCCUUGGGUGUACCGUGUGCCACUAGGUUGAAGAUUAAAAAUGGUGCACAUGCCCUCUCUCAUAUGAGAUCUUGAAGCUCCUAGAUGUGCUAGUCCCCUUCUCAAGUAUCCAACCUCAGCCUGUGGUACGUUAGGUAGGAGGUCUUACCUGCGCUCUAUCACAGAGCUCAGGUGAGUCACGCCCCCUGGCUGCCAUCACAGAAGAAGCACUCUCUCCUCAUUGACCUAGACAGCCACCUAGGGAAGAAUCAUGUUUAGAAAGGCUGGUCCUCCUGACAUGAAUCUUUCCUUUGCCGAUUUCCCCAUUUCU